GAACAAAAUAAGAGUUUUAAUACCCAGUUAAAGGAAAAAUCCCUAAAACUAACAGAGUAAAAAACAACCAAAAUUUCCUUCAAUACUCCCGCAAAACUGAAGUGGAACAAACCUCCCGACGCAGAUUUGCACCGCCGCUCCAUUGCAACGCCUUCCGACCGCUUCCCAGCCUCCGUUGAACGCCGUCUGUACCACCGUUGCCUUCAAUUCGAUAUCGUUGAUCUGCAGUUCAAAUUAAAUUGUAAUUUGCAGGUUGUGAUGUUUAUCAGAUGAUCUGCAGUUGGGGUUUUUGUCCUGCAAAUGUGUUGGUGUUGUGAUGUUGUCUGCCUUAUAUGCUCCAGUCUAGGUAAAUUAGAAGGAGGGGGCGUGCACCAUAUUAGCCGUAGCUGAGUUCUUACCAUUACGGUUUCCAUGAGGAUGGUUUGAAGGUACACAUUUCUGCUUAUUCUAUUCCAGAAUCCAGAAUAUUAACACAACAUAAUAUGUGAGGAUGUCUAAACCACAAGUGACUUGUGUCCAAUAUGGACACAAGUGGGGGUAUAUGAGUAAUUUCAAAUGGGUUUAUUCCAUUGCCCCACACAAUUGCUGAAUCAUAUUCCGUUUUAUGCUAUUUUCCGUUACGGGCACUGUUCACUCAAAUUCAAACUCAAGUGAAAAAAAGGAAUAGUCAUCCCGCGGAACAACUCAUCACUCGCAAUGCAAUUCUCUCUCCUCGCCACAACUUCUCUGUCCUCCUGAAGAACACUUCCGGAAAUUCUCUCUCCUCACUCGCAAUUCUCUCUCUUCCAUUCGUUGUUUGCUUCCCUGCCCGGUUCUUGUUCAUGGUUAGGUCAUCUUCUCUCUCCUCCAUUUAUUGUUUGCUAUAAAUAAUUGAUUAUGAUUUUAAUUAGUUUGGGUUUCUAGGUGUUUGAAUGGGUUAGGGUUUAUAGGGUUUGUUUUAAUUACUAGAUUAACAUCUUGAUGAAUUAAAUAGACGCAUCUCUAAUAAAUUGCAAGGGUUGGGGUUUCUAAUUUCCGUCAAAUUAGGGCUAAAUGGAUUACAAUUGUUGUGAAUUUAAUCUAGUUUUAUUUUAAAAAAAUUGGUUGCAUGAAUUUAGAGGAGAGAUAAAUUUGUGUAUAAUUUGGGGUUUUCGAGCUUCUUAAAAUUUCAAAAAUUGAAGAUGGAAUUUGUUUGACAUAGAAUUACUGUUAUUGUUCAUUGUUUAUAUGGAAAUUGGCUGAUUUUGGUCAGGUGAGGUGAUUGUUGCUAUUUUCUGAUUGUUUAGAUUGCAUUUUAUGGGUAUUUCUAGAUUUGAUUUGUGUUUUGAGUAAUAGGAAAGAAAACUAAGCGGACUACGUGAAUCCAACAUUACAGAUUGUAUGCAGAGGUUAAUCAGGAGAAUGAGAAUGAAUCAAAGAGUACAAUUGGGUGAUCAAAGACUAUACUUAUAUACUGCUUGAAUGCUUGUGGAUGAGUGAUCAUACAAAUUAUGAGCUCUUUAUUUGGAUGUUUGUAGCCUAGUGUAGUAAUGCUUGGAUGUUUUUUUUCUAUAAAAAGAGUUGGAUUUGAGUUUGCUUUUGGUAUGUUCUGGAGCGUUUCGGAUUUUGACCACUUGCCGUGGCACGGAGGGUAUUUUUGGUUCGUUCUUUCUUGAGGGUGAUGGAUUAACUGUAUGUAAGUGAAUAAUUUUGAUAUAAGGCCUUUUAAUUGGAGUUUUAGUGGCCUGGUACAUGGCUAGUUUUGUUGGAAUGCCAAAGGGUUUGGAAGGCUUUCAUUCAUGAAACAGUUGACCAACUUGUUUGUAACACACAACCCUCUAAUCUUGGUCAUAACGGAGUCUCGUAUUACCGAAGAGCAGUUAGCCAUGGUUGAACAACAAUUUCCAAGUUCAUAUAACUAUGCAAUAUUUGGUGGUGUAGUUCUCAUAUGGGCUAACAAUGUCGUUCAACCGGUGUACGGCCAAAUGUCUGAUUAUGAUCUUGGAAUACAUGUUCAAGUCCAAUUUAAGACAAUAAAUCUACCAGAGGCCAUGGCCAUACCAGGUACCGCCCCACCGCCACCUCCGCAAAUUGAUGAGCACGAUCAUGGCAUGGAAGUGAUGGAAGAGAUGGAGGAGUAUGAAGAAUCAGACUGGUACUCAAAUGCGGGACUCGAUGAUGAUCCCACAAUCCACGACUGGAAUUUUGGUGGUAUUUGGUGAAGUCCCACUUGGAAAUUAACUUCAACCCUCUAUGUGAACUUAUUAUUGAAUGCGAACAAGUUUAGUAUUUAAAGUGUAAUAGUUUAGUAAUCAGAAUUUAAUAGGGAAAUAAAAGUGUAAUAGUCUACUGAAUAUUAUUGUAAUGACAAAUAUUUAUGACCAAUUAAGACAAUAUUCUGUUUCUUAACGACU